GGCGUACCUCCAAUUUCCCACGAGACGCAUAUCAGCGAAGCGUAUUCACGAGCGUCAGUCAAUUCAGCGACCAUGGAGAAUAUGUUUGACCUGGAUAGAAGUCGCCUGGUUCACCAGGCUUCAGAUGGCCGCCUUCACAAUGAACAUCAAAAUCAUCCAUCUCAAUAUCCGCCUGCAUACGAAGACAAUCGCUACGAGGCACCUUCAGGCAUGGCACCGGUUCUACUGCCUCUUUUAUCCCCACGUCGCCCGAACGCUUCGUACGCGGCACGAGUUCCAUCACCUCCUCUCCCUUCGACCGCGGCACGAUUUCCAUCAUCUCCUCUCCCUUCGACCGCGGCACGAUUUCCAUCACCUCCUCCGUUCGCUCCAAGACUAGCCCCCCCCGUUGCCUCGGAUUUUCGGAUCCCUUCACCUCCAAGGGACCCACGAAUCCCAUUACCUACUACCUUCGAUCAGCGCGGCAAAGGCGGCAAGCUUACGAACGCAACCAGCCGCAAGAAUCCGCGGGUCCAUAAAUAUGAACAUAUCCCACCGCCUGAUCAAUGGACGCUUCCUCCCCAACCACCUCGCCCCUCCCAAAUAAUACCUCGGAAGGUUGAUAUUGGUUAUUCGACUCCUCUAGACCCAGCUGACAACUCUUCGUCUGGGUGGCCUUCACAUGGGCUGAAGCGCUCGGAGGGCGAGAGAACUCCGAAGAGAAGGGUGGUGACCCCGACACAUCUGACUGGACAGCCAUGGGGCAGCACACCUACAACCUCUGUAGACUUCUCAAAUUCUUCAUUUGGAUCGUCUCGGUCUGGAGUGCUCGGGGACAAAGCAUAUCAGUAUAGGCCCCUUCAGGACAUGGAAUUCAGGUUGGUGAGGCUUCUUCCGGAAAGGAAGACUAUGAUUAAGUGCGAAAUACUCCACUCUUCGCUGGAGAAUCCACCUCGAUAUGUGGCUCUUUCUUACGCCUGGGGGGAUGCCGGAAACACAAGAAAAAUCGAAUUGGAAGGGUCUCUCAUCCCCAUAUCUGUCAGCCUAUAUGGUGCCUUGGAAGCGCUUCGCCAGAAGGCUGAGUCUGCAAUGGUGUGGGUAGAUGCCCUUUGUAUAGAUCAACAGAAUAGGGGUGAACGCACUCAGCAGGUCCAGCUCAUGACCAACAUAUACUCGACGGCUGGGUCCGUAGCAAUCUGGCUAGGGCCAGAGGAAGAUGACAGUGCACGCGCAACAGAUCUUCUCCGCGACAUUGCAGAUCAAGCAAAGUCUCUAGAGAGGGUCUUGAGCUUGAUACUAUCAAGAGCGCAAAGUGACCUUACAGCAGUAGUUGCACUAUUCGAAAGGGAUUAUUGGAGAAGGUUGUGGGUGGUCCAAGAAAUAUACAACGCGAGGUCAAUUGAAGUAUACUGUGGAUCCACCAAACUCCCGUGGAAGACGUACCAACUCGCCUCUCAAACCUUCAGUCGAUGCAGACGUGACUUAGACCAUGCUCUCCCAGGUUCCAAAAGAGAUAGCGGAAGAAUUACAACAUCGCCAAACCAGUUGAGUGCAUCCCAGGUCUUAGUAUACCAAGGCCCCGCCAGCCUUCCAGAUCUUCAAUCAUACAUAGGACUUCAAGAAGAUGCUCUACUUGCAGUUUUACGUGCUUGCCGACGGAAGAUUACCUCAGAUGCAAAAGACAAGCUCUUUGGGGUCCUUGGUAUUCUGCCAGAGGAGAUCCGCAACGAUUCUCGUGCAGAUUAUAACCUUUUAGUCAAGGAUAUAUACACUGAAAUCGUGGACUAUCUCUUGAAGACGACUGAGCACGUGGAUGUCAUAUGUGAUGCUAUUCAUUUCCCGAUCCAUAUAGGUUCAGCAAAUCUACCCUCUUACGUCCCCGACUGGUCACACAUCCCUCAAACAAUAGCUAUAGGCCACGCAUACCACUUUUCAGCAGGGGGCACCACAAAGGCCAAGUGCAAAUUUCUCGAUGAGCGUCUAAAUAAGCUAGAAAUGUCGGCAAUCUACCUAGAUACCAUCAAUAUUCAUGGCGUUGCUGUAGGCACUGUUUGCACAAUCGGCGAUUACCUCAUGGCAUUUCUACACUGGAGAGCCUUACUUCUAGGUAGUCUGGUCGACGACAACGAAACCAACGAAUGGGGUUUACUGGUCCAAGAGGGCUUCUGCAGGACUAUUAGUCUCGGCCAGGUACCUGCUGCUUACAAUGGAUCAAAUCAGUGGCUGACCACCACCUACCACAUAUUCGCCUCCCUUAUCCGCAAGCGCUUGCCUCAACUUCCACUCGAUCUCGAAUUACAAAAGUACGUCGAUGCGAAGGUAGAUGUCAAACCCGAAGAAUGCAGGCAAUUUCUCCAGAAGCAUUUUGGAGAUCGGAUGAUGGGACGAUGCUUUUGUCGUACAGAGGAGGGCCGGAUUGGGAUGGGUACUGGCUUUAUGUUGCCCGGCGAUGUCGUCGUCGUCCCUCUGGGUUGUUCGACCCUAGUUCUUCUGCGGCUGGAAGGUACGAGGUGUGAGUACCGGUUUGUGGGUGAUGUGUAUAUCAACGGCUACAUGGAUGGGAGAGCGGUUGAGGAGUGGAAUGAUGGGAAGAGAGAAUUGAGGAAGUAUGUACUUCAUUGAACGAGGUGGGGGAAAGCAGUUAAAAGGAACGGAUCAAUCACAUGUCAACAAGGCUAAAUCCAGGCAUUUUUCAGUGACGGAGGGCUACCAGUCACAGAAUCGAGAAGAGUGAAGAUGUAAAUUCAAAUGCAUUUAUGUGUAUUCUGUU